GCCAAAGACUGUUUUAAGUUGUUUUUGGCUGAGAAGGAGAAGUUGAAAAAUUACUUCAAGCAGUCACAAAUUAAAGUUUGCCUCACAACCGAUAUAUGGGCAAGUAGACAUCAUUUGGACUACAUGAGUCUAACUGCUCAUUUCAUUGAUAAUGAAUGGAAAAUGCAUAAAAGAAUUAUCAACUUCUCUCCUAUUCCUAAUCACACGGGUCUCACGAUUGGAAAAACGGUUGAAAAACACAUGCUUAAUUGGGGAAUUGAUAGGGUUCUAACCGUGACAGUCGAUAAUGCAAGUUCGAAUGAUGUGGGCAUGACAUAUUUGAAGAAGAGGAUUAACAAUUGGAAGGGGAGUGUGUUGAAGGGAAUACAUCUUCACAUGAGAUGUUGUGCUCACAUAUUGAGCUUGACUGUGAAAGAUGGAUUGAAAGAUGUUGAUGAUUCAAUCCAUCGUAUUCGGUCCGCUGUGAGAUAUGUGAGGUCAUCAAACUCCCGAAUGCAGAGAUUUAAGAGUUGUGCCCAUGAGGAGAAGUUGGAGACCAAGAAACUAGUGUGUUUAGAUUUGGAGACUAGAUGGAAUUCCACUUUCUUGAUGUUGGAGUCCACUUUGGUAUUUAAAAGGGCAUUUGAGAGGUUAGAGGAAGAAGAUGAUAAGUAUAAAGUUGAGCUAGAGAAAUUGAAAGGGACACCAAAUGACUUGGAUUGGCAUUAUGUGGAGUCUCUAGUUCCUUUUCUGAAGAUUUUCUAUGAUGCUACACUAAAAGUUUCGGGUUCUUUGUAUGUCACAAGUAAUGAUCUCUUUCAUAUCAUAUAUGGAAUUGCUUGUAAGCUUACAAAGGAAACUUCAUCAAAAAUCGAGAGUCAUAAAUCCAUGGCAAGAAGAAUGAAAGCUAAGCAUGAUAAGUAUUGGGGCUCCUUUGAUAACAUCAACCCUUUGGUGUUUAUUGCUGUGGUUCUUGACCCGAGGUACAAGUUGGAGUAUGUUUGUUUUGCACUUGAUGAGGUUUAUGGGAUAGAACAUGGGGGAAUUUGGACUAAAGAUGAGUUGUUUGAGAGUGUGAAGGGAUUUUUGGAGGAUAUGUUUAAUGACUAUUCGGAAAUGAGAGGGGUUACUUGUGAAAGCUCAUCAAGAAGUGUGGGGAGUGCAACACCAAAUGAGAAUGAUGAAUCUCAAAGUGUGGAAGAUUAUUUGAAGAAAAAAUUCAGGAGAAAGAGAAUGGAAGAUAGGGUGGGAGAAACUACACUUUCGGAGCUUGAGAGGUACUUAAAGGCGAAUCUUGAGGAUGAUGAGGACAUAACUUUUAACAUUUUAGCAUGGUGGAAGAAGCAUUCUAGUGAGUAUCCAAUACUGAGCUUGAUGGCUAGAGAUGUGUUGGAGAUUCCAGUAUCCACUGUUGCAUCUGAGUCUGCUUUCAGUACCGGGGGGCGCGUUUUAGAUGCAAUUCGGAGUUCUUUGACUCCCUUGGUUGUUGAAAGUUUAAUUUGUGGUCAAAAUUGGCUUCGAUCGAGUACUCUUCCAAUCGACAUGGAAGAGAAUUUUGAAGAAAUCGAAGAACUUGAACAAGAGUUGAAAGAGUCUUGCUUGGAUGAUUGCACUAUCAUGAGUGAUUUAGUUGAUGAUGAUUGAAGAAUGAUGUAUUGUGUAAUCAUGAUAUGAUGUCAUUGAUGAUUAUCUAACAAUGAUGUAUUGUGUGAUCAUGAGUAUGAUGUACUUGAUUAUUAUCGAACAAUGAUGUACUUGAUUAUUAUCGAACAAUGAUGUCAUUGAUGAUUAUCUAACAAUUGAUGUCAUUUCAUCCUUUCAUCAACCACAUAUAUUAUGGGAGUUUGGUAAAUAAUUUGGUAAAUAAAUAAUUUUCUGGAAUUAAUUGGGUAAAUAAAUAAUUUUCUGAAAUUAUUUUGGCAAUUGAUUAAUUUUCUGGAAUUAAUUGGGUAAAUAAAUAAUUUUCUGGAAUUAUUUUGACAAUUGAUUAAUAUUUUGGAAUUAUGUGAUGAUUGAUUAAAGUUUUGGAAUUAUU